AUGUAAUAUGAUGAAUUUCUAAAUAGAUUGAAGAAAUAAGAAGGAGCAUAUAGGUUAAUGUUGUCAGAGAACUUCUAACUUUUUAAGGGAGAUCAUAUAAUUAUUCUUUUCUAUUCAAACAAUAUAAUUGCCUCUCAAACUUAUUUUAAUUUUUAAUCAUACAUUUUUUUUGCACCCCCGGUCAUUUUUUUAUCUGGAUUUUUAAGGUAAAUAAACAAAAAAUAAUAAUUAAAAUAAUUUGUUUUCAAAAGAAUCUCUCAUACUCUAGAAAUCGUUAUUACAGCCAUGACGACCUUUUGUCAAAUCGAUGAUGUUUUUUAAGUCCAUUUAACUUCGGAUUAAGCAAGAGUGAUUGCAAAGAGAUUACCCCCUGGGUUUAGCAUUAAUUUAAGCAGAUAAUCGAAAAGAGAUGUUAAAAAAUUUUAAUAGGAUAUUUCGUCAGAUGAGGAGAAUAAAGUUACAAAAAAGACAUACGUCGCACCUUAUAGAGCUGAAAAUACUGAUGAAAUGAAAAGAUGCUUAACAUUACUUUAAAAAUUAAAGAAACAUUAAUUAGCAGCACCAUUUUUAAGGAAAUUAGAGAACGUCAAUUAUCCUUAAGAAUUGGAAUACGUUGACUUAUAAAUUGUUGAAUAGAAUCUCAAAAACAAUGAAUAUCUUACAGCCACGUAAUUUUGGGGUGAUAUUAAGAAAAUUUGGUAAAUGUCCUACGCCAUGAACAACAAAGGAACCUAACUUUAUGCUAUGACUCAAGAGUUAGAACAACAUUUCAACGAGUUAUACAAGGAAAUAGACAAACCUUAUCAACCAAAGUAAGUUGUUGAGCAACCACCAAAAUAAGAGAAAUAGAAAAAGCCUCCUGCCAUCUAAUAAACUAACAGCAAUAAUAAUCACAAUAAUUAAAAUAACAAGAAACCAAUAAAAUAACCAAGUUUAAUGGAAUAGCCUAUGAAUAUGCAAGAAAAAAGAGCUUUAGUAUCAAAUAUUAAUAGUUUGCCUCCAGAGCAUCUUAGAGGGGUUUGGGAAAUAGUAUCAGAUGGGCUCAAGAUCUAAGAAUAAAAUGAUGAAUUAGAAUUUGAUAUUGAUACUUUGCCAGUAAAGAAGACAAGAUAGUUGGAGAAAUAUGUGAACACAAAAUUAGAAUAUUUGAAAAAACAAUAAAGUAAAAAGGCAGCAGAAGACAAUAAAAAUUUAGAAAAAAGUGAUAGAAUUGUACAUGCUGCUAAUAAUACGUAUAAUCAUGCUCCAUAGCCAGUUUCACAAUUAAAACAAACUGACACUGGAGACAGUUCGUUUAGCAGUGAUGCUGAAGAAUCUGUUUGAGUAUUUUUUUUAUUUUUGUUUUUUGAUAUAUUUCAUUAAAAUUAAAUUAAAAUU